AUGGCAUCCGCUGUCGUCGAAACCGCACCUACGGUGGUUCCCAUCGUCGAGGACAAGAUUACGCUCACAGGCCUCGCACGCGAGCCUAUCAAGUCCAGUGGAUCUCUCGAUGCUUUCGAGUCCUUCGAUGUCACUCCAGUCAUUGGACGCGAAUUCCCCAAUGCCAACUUGAAAGACUUCCUGCGCGCCCCAAACUCCGAUGAUCUACUUAGGGAUCUUGCUCUGACCAUCUCCCAACGAGGAGUGGUCUUCUUCCGUAAGCAAGAUGGUCUAGACAACGACCUGCAAAAGGAGCUUGUCCAACGACUUGGUGAACUCUCGGGCAAGCCAAGCACAUCUGGACUGCAUAUCCACCCAGUAGCAAACUCGGGCCGGGAACACAGCGUCAAGGAUGAUGAAAUUAGUGUGAUCAGCUCCGCAGGCCGGGAAAAGCUUUACAAGGACAGAAAUACACGGAAGCAGACUGCACGCAGAGAGUGGCACAGUGACAUUACCUUUGAGCCCAUUCCUAGCGAUUAUACUCUCCUGCGUCUCACAGAACUUCCGAAAACCGGCGGUGAUACCUUGUGGGCCUCAGGCUACGAAGUUUAUGAUCGUAUCUCCGAGCCCUACCAGAAGUUCCUGGAAGGCUUGACUGCAACCUAUGCGCAACCUGGCUUCAACGAAAUUGCCAAACGCAACGACUUCACAAUCCACCCUGGUCCUCGUGGCGCACCUGAGAACGUCGGAGAGGAGCUCAUAGCUGAGCACCCUGUCAUCCGUACCAACCCUGUCACCGGUUGGAAGAGUGUCUUUGCUGUCGGCACGCACGUGCAGAAGGUUAAUGGUGUCUCCGAAGAGGAGAGCCGCCAUCUUCUCGACUGGUUCGUAACUCUCAUUGUUGAGAACCACGAUCUGCAGGUGCGCAAUCGCUGGCAGAACCCUAACGAUCUUGCUAUCUGGGAUAACCGAUCUGUAUACCACGCCGCAACCUGGGACUAUGACGGGCUUGGCCCGCGCACUGGGCACCGUGCUGUCGGCCUCGGCGAGAGGCCAUAUCUGGAUCCCAAGAGUAUUGGAAGACGGGAGGCGCUCGCCAAGAGCGAAUAG